UCCAAAAUAUGUGUACUGGGGACCAGGCCGCCAAAGAUAAAGCACUGCAGAGUAUGGCCACAAUGUCGUCUGCUCAGAUCAUCUCACCCACCGCCUUCCAGAACAAGAUGGCACUUCAGGGCUUGUCUCGGCCCGCCUAUCCCACCAGUGGAGGAUUUUGGCACGGAGCACUUUCGGGGCAGCCUGGAGGCCACGAAGACAUUAAACCCUUCUCCCAGCAGACUUACACCAUGCAAGCAUCCGGCCCGACGCCCAUAACAGGUUAUGAAAGCACCGCAGGGCUAGCCAUGUCCCCCGGCGCCCCUCCUUGGCAGGGCCGAUGUAUUGCCAGCUCAAAGCUUCGAAUGUUGGAGUUUUCUGCCUUCCUUGAGCAACCCCAGGACCCUGAAACUUUUAACAAGCACCUGUUUGUCCACAUCGGCCAGUCCAACCCCAGCUACAGCGACCCGUAUUUGGAGUCAGUGGACAUCAGGCAAAUCUAUGACAAGUUCCCUGAGAAGAAAGGAGGCCUGAAGGAGCUGUUUGACAAAGGGCCUCAUAAUGCCUUCUUCUUGGUCAAAUUCUGGGCGGACCUCAGUAUAAACCUCCAGGAUGACAGUAACUUCUUCUAUGGAGUUUCCAGUCAGUACGAGAGCUCUGAAAACAUGAUCAUCACCUCCUCCACCAAAGUCUGCUCCUUUGGCAAACAGGUGGUCGAGAAAGUGGAAACGGAGUACGCACGUUACGAGAAUGGCCGUUAUGUUUUCCGGAUUCAUCGCUCCCCCUUAUGUGAAUAUAUGAUAAAUUUCAUCCACAAACUUAAACAUCUACCGGAGAAGUACAUGAUGAAUAGUGUACUGGAAAACUUCACAAUCUUACAGGUGGUGACUAACAGGGACACACUGGAGACACUGCUGUGCAUAGCCUAUGUAUUUGAAGUAUCUACUAGUGAGCAUGGAGCACAGCAUCACAUCUACAGACUGGUCAAAGACUGACCCCACAUACUUUGGACUGUAGCACAAUGGACUAGCUCUUCUGUAAACUUAAAGCCCAGCCAUUGGAAAACCAGAUCAACUCAACACACCUGAUGGCCCCCUGCAGGGGAUGUGAACUUAAGACUUGAAACUGUACGUGAAAAAGGCAAAGAAAAUGAGGUCCAUGUUCAACGCUGUGGUCUUUAUACCAAAGGAUCCAACAGGAGCCAAGUGAACCGUGUUAAAAUAUCAGUGACUGCGUUUUUCAUCUCUUUUUACUAGUGCUAGGGUUUGUUUUAUUGUCAUUUACACUUGUGCAUGUGCAGGGGAGGAUGCUUGUGGAUGAGUUUGGCUGCCUCAGGACGCCACCUAGUGACUCAAGUAUGAAGUACUAAAUAGUUGUCACCAAUUGCACAUUUGAAAUGAUCAUUAUUGGUGCCAAUCUUCAACAUUUGGGGUAAUUGUUAUUACUAGUGCUUUUACAUCUCCUCUAAUGUGAGCUAUACAAAGAGGCUAAAAUGAUUGCUUUUCAGUUGUUUGGUGUUCGAUGUUGUGUUACUGGUUUUGGUUGAGAACAAUGUGGCACAUGAGAUAACACUGCUAACUUGAACCAGCUCAGUCUGUAAACUGGAGUUUGCAGAUUAUGUCUGUGAUUGUAAUA